GCCCAUGUGAAACUCACUCAAAUCCUUAAGCUUGCCCAUUUUUCCUGCUUCUAACACAUCAACUUGUUCACUUGGUGCCUAAUAUAUCCCACCCACUAACAGGUGCCAUGAUGAAGAGAUUAUCAGUGUUAUUCACUUCACCUGUCAGUGAUCAAAAUGUUAUACCUGAUCAAUGUGUUUUUCUGUUGUUUAAAAAUGUUGCUCUGACUCGUGACAGAGCCAUGCUUGUUUUUCUGCUGGUUCUGUUGGGGUCAUUCAGUGUCACUCCUCUCCUUGAUAGUUUUUGCUGUUUCAGCUAGCUGCCGGCACAGACAGAAUGUUGAUCCCGAGAUUAAAAUGUGAACAAAAGAGAGCAGCAGCCGUCACAACAACACCAAGCUUGUCCUCUAUAUGACCACAGCACGCCAACACCAAGCAUCACAGCCACAGAGGACCUGCACACAGAACCAUCAGCAGUCAGACAUCACGAAAACCCAAAGACUAAACGUCAUCUCACAUAUUGCAGCCGCUGUCUUCCUGAGUUUUGAUCCAAGAUGUUUGGCAGGACUCUUCUGCUCAUCUGUGUCGCUGUUUUCUUCCAUACAGAUGCUGAGGAUCCAUCCAGGCACAACAGGAGGCCCUCUUGUGUGGGGAUGACUGUUACACAGUUGUGUCCUCUGAAUUACUCUCCAGUGUGCGGCAGUGAUGGCAAUACCUACUCCAAUGAAUGUGCUCUGUGUGUCCACAGACUGGACACAAAUGCAGACAUUUUGAUUGUGAAGGAUGAGGCCUGCUGAGGAUGACAUCAUCAUACUCAUCACUAACUGAUAAUAUCAUCAGACUUCUGUGUAAAGAACAUCUUGACAUGCAUCUUUGACUCCCGUUUGAAUGUAGCGUUUAGCUUGUAGUGCACAUACACACACACUUAUACACAUUUCUUUGACUGCAGCCAUAUGUGUAAUAAUUUGAACGCAUACAUUUUAUAAGGCUGUGUUUUAUAUUUUGAUUUGUUUGUAAACACAUUUAUGAUUGUAACCUUCCAACAAUAAAGGUUUGUUGCAGCUGA